CUUCCCUGUUGCCCCAUCCUUCCCCCACUGGCAUCCACUGGCCACGCUCGACAAGAACGCCGGACCGUUGUCCGGGCGUGUUGUUCGCCGAGUGGCUGGGUAGGAGGCCGAUGGAGGGGGUCCCACCUGCCUUUGAGCCCGUGGACUUCGGUGACCUCCAAGAGCUGUUAGAAAGCGUGCAGAACGGCUCUGAGGACCCAGUGGCAGUGGCGCUUGAGCAGGGUGUUGAUGAGACGAAGAGAGUAGCUGGUAGCAUCGACCAUCAGCUGGAGCUUCUGGAGGAAGAGAGUGUUGGCGACUAUGUCGGCAGUUUCCAGUCCUUCGAGGAGCUGCAUCAGGAGAUCGUUGCGACAGAUUCUCUCCUUGAGAAGAUGGAGCGCAUGCUGGGCACGUUCCAAUCGGAUCUCUCCGGCAUUUCGGACGAGAUCCGAAUGCUUCAGGGCCAAUCCUUGCAGAUGAACCUGAAGCUGCAGAACCGCCGUGCCUUGCAGUCCUUGAUGUCCGACUAUGUGAGCUCGGUGGUGGUGAGUCCGCAGCUGGUGCGGCAAAUCUGCGAAGAGGAGAUCAAUGAGGCCUACUUGGGCUACCUUUCGGAGCUCAACAAGAAGCUGGACCAUGUGAAGCAACAGGAGAUGCAAAAGCUGCCCUCCUGCGCACAAAGCGCUCCGGAACUCGAAAAACUGCGAAGCAAGGCGAGCUGGAGGAAGAGAGGAACGCGGCACGCGAUCUCUUUGCGAACUGCCUGUUUUUAGGGAUCUGACAUGAUUUGACCACAUGAUUUGACGCGCCAGGGACACGACUUGGGUAGUAAAGUACUUUGAAGAUCUCCUUUCUGUGGCUGUGUCAAUA